UAUUUGUGUCGGACAGAAAUACGUCGAGAGUUUCGCCGGUGAACGAUUUAUUUCAAUUAACAUGAGUGAGCUCACUAGAGAACUUGCGUUGUAUCGCUGUUUAUAGAGAAAUCUGUGAACUUAAUUAUUCGUAGAACGGAACCAUUUAAGCGAGUGCUGCGUAACAAAUAAUGGAUUGGUAUGAAACAGUGACGUCUCGACUUGCAACCUUGGUUAUGGUUACAAGAAAAAGUGUAUUUUGAAAAUAUUUCCAAGUGUUUUCUUAGAGAAAACGUUUCGUGAGAUAGAAGUCGACUGUGCGUUUGUUGAGUUUGUUGUUGUGUUUUUGCGAAUUUGGUGUUAUGUCGGGCGGCAGGAGCAUCGACAAGGAGCGCAAGUCGCCCAGAGAAAGUGGGGAAGAUUCUGAGGAUGAAAGCGAAAUCCUGGAAGAAAGUCCCUGCGGUCGCUGGCUGAAACGACGGGAAGAGGUUGAACAGCGCGAUGUACCGGGCAUCGACUGCGCGCACCUGGCGAUGGACACCGAGGAAGGUGUAGAGGUCGUCUGGAAUGAGGUGCAGUUCUCAGAACGAAAGAAUUUCAAGGCACAAGAGGACAAGAUACAAAUGGUGUUCGAUAAUCUUACACGGCUGGAACACCCCAACAUCGUCAAGUUCCAUCGAUACUGGACAGAUACCCACAAUGACAAACCGAGAGUCAUAUUUAUAACGGAGUACAUGUCCUGCGGUUCACUCAAACAGUUCCUGAAACGUACCAAACGAAACGUCAAAAGACUACCUCUGCAAGCCUGGAAACGGUGGUGCACGCAGAUCCUGUCUGCUCUCAGCUACCUCCACGGUUGCGUGCCACCCAUAGUCCACGGCAAUCUGACUUGCGACACAAUCUUCAUCCAGCACAAUGGGCUGGUAAAGAUCGGUUCCGUGGCGCCGGACGCCAUCCACCACCACGUGAAGACUUGUCGCGAGAACAUGAGGAACAUGCACCUCAUCGCACCCGAGUACGGAUCAUCUCAAUUGGUGACACCAGCGAUGGAUAUCUACUCGUUCGGCAUGUGCGCUCUCGAGACCGCCGCUCUAGAGAUUCAGGGAAACGGUGACUCCGGCAGCCACGUCACCGAAGAUCACAUCGUACGGACCGUUGAGUCGUUGGAGGAGCCCAGGCAGAAGGACUUUAUAUACAGGUGUAUUAAUAAGGACCCCGCAAAAAGGCCAACGGCAAAGGAGCUCCUCUUCCACCCGUUGCUCUUCGAAGUGCAUUCUCUGAAACUCUUGGCGGCGCACACGCUUGUCAAUACUAGUGCGAACAUAUCGGAGACGAUAACGGACGAGGUGUGCGGCAGCGGCGGCGCGCUCGCGUGGUGCGUGCGCAGCGGCGAGCGGCGCGAGCUCGCCGCGCGCGACCUGCAGCCGCACAACGAGAAGCUCGAGAAGUUCGUCGAGGACGUCAAGUACGGCAUCUACCCGCUGACGCACGGUAACGCACAACCGUUCCAGAUGACGAUCCUGCUGCGCAUGGACGACAAGAUGAACCGGCAGCUCACGUGCGCCGUCUCGCGCCGCGACUCCGCGCACGCGCUCGCGCACGAGCUCGUGCAGCUCGGCUUCAUACACGAGGCGGACCGCGACAAGAUCUGCCGGCUGAUGGAGGAGUCGUUCCGCAGCAGCUUCGGCUCGCCGGCCGCGCCCUCGCCCUCCCCGUCCGCGUCGCCCGGCCCCCCCGCCGCCGCCCCCGCGCCCGCCCCCGCCCCCGCCGCGCUGGCGCACCGCGCGCCGCAGCACGUGGCCAGCUAG